UUAGUGAUCACUACUCACGAGCUCUCUCUUAUGUUCUACCACUUUCCAUUCGAAAUAAUUGAGGUUUCUGGCAUCAAAUUGACAGUACAGUCAAUUAUUUUUUGGUGAGUACAAUUAAUUUUAGCUAGGAAAGUAGAUGCUAGUUUUAUGCACACACAUUUAGUCCUCCAACAACAGAGUAAAUAGCCUUAAUGAAAGUGUGUGUGCAGAUGCACAGCAGCAAAUAAUAUUGUAUUCAGUUAUCUAUAAAUGCAGUUUUCCACUAAAAUCCAAAAAACCUAUUCAUAUCCCUUGUCACACAUUGCUCAUAUUUACUCCUUUGAGAUGGAUAGUAGUAAUAAAUUAAUAAAUACUAUAAAGAUAGAAAAUAUACCAUGAUCAAUCUCAACCCUAAUUUCUUGCAGCCACCAUUUCUCAGCUCAUGAUCAUCCUUUGAUGUUCUCUUUUUAAUAUUUCAUAUACUACAUAAUUUCUUCUUCCGAACACACGCAAUUUGUCGAUAAGCGAUGAGUACGAAUCACAGUGUGAAACCUCUAUGUAUGCCUUAGAUUCUUGGUAGGGCAGCCUACAAUUUUUUUAGAACCAAAAAGAUAAGCAUUUAAUGACUGAAGAAAAGAAUCACAUUUUAAAUGCCAGUCCCUUCAGAGAAAGAAAAGUUCAACUUCAACUCUUGUAUUCUGUUAUAUUCCUACAUUUUAAUGAUCUGUUAUGCUCUGAGAGCCUCCAUUAAAAUCAUGCAAUUCAAUAAAAUUCAUCUCUCUCUCUAUAUAUACAGCCUACAAUUCUUUGAAGUUAUACAUCAAGAAAAUAUAUAUAGAACUGUUCAUCUUCUUUAUAAAUCUUGAAGAAAAAAUCAAUUGGAAAUCAGCUGGUCCCUCACACCCAAGCCAACAUCAGAGUGACGUUACUCUCAUUCUAAAAAUUCCAAAAAUCCAAUUUGAGGUAGAUUAUCAAGAUUCAUUCUUACCUUAAAAUAAAUAUACACAUACAUGAAUGAUGAGAUGACUUCAAGAGAUACAGCUAAGCAAGAGAGCAGCGAGGGUUUGAAGGCCGGGGCCAGGCCGGUGCCGGGGGCGUCAUGGAGGAUGAAGGAUCCCCGGAUAGUCCGCGUGUCGCGAGCCUUGGGAGGCAAGGACAGGCACAGCAAGGUGUGCACUGUCCGUGGGCUGAGGGACAGACGCGUGCGUCUGUCUGUCCCCACCGCCAUCCAGCUCUACGACCUCCAAGACCGCCUCGGCCUCAACCAGCCGAGCAAGGUCGUAGACUGGCUGCUCAAUGUGGCCAAGGCCGAGAUCGACCAGCUCCCGCCCCUCCAAUUCCCCCCUCCCGCCACAUUCCUCCACAACUUCGAUCAACAACAACAACAACACAAAUCAAAAAAUAUCUCAUCACAAACACAAGAGAGAGAUGAUCAUCAUUGGCCAACAUCACCACUCACUCAUCAUCAUUCAUACCCUAACCCGAAUCCGAACCCAAACCCAAACCCGGCCUCGUUACUCAUCAAUACUACUACCACUUCUUCUACAUCUUCAAUUCCGUUCAAUUCGUUUGUGAGAUGGGAUUCAUCAACCCUAACCCUCUCCCACCCUCCACGAAGCCCUAAUUCGUCGUCGCCGCCGCAUCAGCAAUCCGAUGACUGGCACAAUUUCAACCCGGUGGCGCCGCUCCACCACCACCACCAUCAGGUGCUCGUGUAUCAUCAGCCUUAUUUCCAGUCUCAAAUCUCCAACGCCGAAUUCGACAUGAAGCAACUCAACAACUACCAAGCCUCAUCCACACCAAAUGUGGAUGAGCCAUCCACACAUUUCAACAUGACUACUGCCAAUCUCCUCCCUUCACAAAGCAACGACGGAGGCAGAUGAUCGAUGAUCGAGAUUGUGAUUUCAUGUUGAUGAGAAGAACGUGACACAAGGUAAUUAAUUAAGGUGCUUAUGUAUUGAAUUUAUAUAUAUGUUGUGUCAUUAAUUUUUCAUUUUAUUACAGUAGAUGAAUUCAAGGGCUUGUGUUAUUACAUGUAGCAAAUCAAAUUAUAAGUAUAUAGGAUUGUACUAAGUAGUAAGUUUAUUGUCAUAGUGACAUUAUUUUCUCUUCUUUCAUUAA